GUUUUCUGGACAUUAAACAGGCAUUAUAGGCUAGUGUUUUUCUGCUGGUGAGGAGUAAUUCCAUCAUGGGGAACGAGGCGAGCCUUGAGGGUGGUGAAGGGUCGCUCUCGGAAUUAGCGGAGGGCCUGUCAUCUGACGGGAAAGGAGGCUUCGUCCAAAUAUCCACCGGGGAGAAAGUGGACCUGUCACAUCUCAGCGAAGAAGAGAGGAUUAAACUCACGGCAUCUGUGUCAAAAGGAACAGGCAUUCCGGCCUCUGCAGUUGCUGGGACUGGUAAAGCCCCCACUGGUCUCAGCAAGAGCCGUACAAUUGAUGCUUUCUCUGAAGGCCCACCUUUAAAGCCAAAACCUGGACGCAGUCCGUCAUCUCUCAGUCUCUUUGAGUCCCGAUUCAGCAGGCAGGAGGGAAAAGCCCCAUCGUUGGAGCCCAAGUCCAGCAUGUUCGGCUCUGGUUUUCUCAGCGGAGCCAACCCUUUAAGUGCUGUGUCGUCAGCAGUGUCCUCAUCAGCUACUAACAUCUCAAAUUUUAAUCUGUUUGGAGACGAUGAAAAGGAGCAAGAUGCCAAACCACAGGGUAAAGGUCCAGCAGGCCCUGCUGGACAAAGAAAAGGCCCACAGCAACCUCAAGGACAAGGGCCUCCUAAAAGUCAGGGAGCCCCUCCACAGGGCCCACCCAAAGGCCAGGGACCACCUCAGCAAGGACCACCUAAAGGCCAGGGGGGGCCUCCACAGGGGGGCCCACCCAAAGGCCAGGGCCCUCCUCAGCAAGGACCACCUAAAGGCCAGGGGGGGCCUCCACAGGGCCCACCCAAAGGCCAGGGCCCUCCUCAGCAAGGACCACCCAAAGGCCAGGGGGCCCCUCCUCAGCAAGGACCACCCAAAGGCCAGGGGGGUCCUCCACAGGGACCAUCCAAAGGCCAGGGGGGUCCUCCACAGGGGCCACCCAAAGGCCAGGGAGCCCCUCAGCCACGACAGGGAAACCAGCCACAGGGCCCUGGCCAACCCACUGGCCCUGGACCUGCGAAGCAAGCCCCUGGGCCCGGGCCCCAACAACAGAAGGCUGCCAGUCCCAUGUGUCCUCUCUGCAAGGCAACGGAGCUAAAUGUCCAGGCCAAAGACCAGCCUCCCAACUACAACACCUGCACACAAUGCAAACAGCAGGUGUGCAGUUUGUGUGGUUUUAGCCCCCCAGAUUCUGAGGGUAAGGAGUGGCUCUGUCUCAACUGUCAGAUGCAGCGAGCCCUUGGGGGUGCCGAGCCCCCUGGCCCCCCCAUGAGGACACCCCAGGGCUCUGCUCCACCCUCUCCACAGCGAGGGGGACCACCUAUGACUAAGGGUGACUCCAAAAGACCUCCAAUGCUGCAAAAACAGAAGAGCAUAAUCGAUUCAGGGAAAAUGGGAACGCCACCGAUUACCCCUAAAGGUUCAUUAGGGCCAGGAUCACAGCCGGGCUCCCAGCCAGGAUCCCCAGGGCCUAAAGCCGGAUCACCAAACAUAGACCCAAAAACUGGCCGCCCCCUACCGCCACCAGGGUCUCCUGGCAAAUCGGCCGCUUCCCAACCUAAACAAGACACAGGCUUUUUUGGAGGUUUUGGAUUCGGAGGGUUAACUGAUAUGGCAAAGCCCCCUGCUGCAACCAGCCAGGCUGCAGAAUCGGUCACAGGAAAGCUGUUCAGUGGCUUUGGGGGUGGCACCACCACCACCACCAAGACCCCGGCCUCUCCCUCUCAGGCCACCGAGUCAGUAACAGGGAAAUUCUUUGGUGGUUUAGGCGGCCUUGCAGGAGGAGAGGGAAACAAGCCCCCAGCAGCUGCAGCCGAAGCUGUGUCCGGUAAAAUGUUUGGCUUUGGCUCUUCCUUCUUGAGCUCAGCCACCAAUCUGAUUUCCUCCAACCAAGAGAGCGAAGAUGCAGACUCGCCACCAGGUUCGCCGCCAGAUUCCCCCAUAGACUCGGGUGCAGAGUCUCCACCUGGGUCUCCUCCAGACUCCGGAGCAGAUUCUCCGCCCGGGUCUCCCCCGGACUCCCCGGGUUCGGAGUCACCCCCUGACACCCCACCUGCAACAUCCAAGGGAGCAGAUUUGAGUGAAAAGAUCCCUGAAUCACCUGGUGGUGGGACUCCGACAGUGAAGGACGCUCCAUCAGUGUCAUCCACUCCUACACCAGAGGCACCGUCCAGCUGCCCUCUAUGCAAAACAGAGUUGAAUAUGAAUACACCCAAUUACAGCACGUGUACUGAAUGCCAGAAGACUGUCUGCAGUGCAUGUGGUUUCAACCCAGCACCCCAUCUGGGAGAGACGGAAUGGGUCUGUUUGAAUUGCCAGACUCAAAGAGCCCUUUCAGGACAACUCAGUGAUAUUCCAUCCUCGCCCAAACCCUCUCCAGACAAGCAACCAAUGAAGCACUCCCCUAAAGAAACAUCUCCCCCGCCUAGCCCACUCUCUUCCCCUACUUCCCCUGUAGCCAGUGCCCCCACUGAUCCUACAUCCAAAGUGUCCUCUGAAAACGAUCCCAGCAUUUCCCAAAAUCAGGCUGAAGAACUUCAGUUAAACUCAGAUAAACCGGUGGAUGAUAAUACAUCUGCACUGGCAGAAGCAGUCGUGACAGACGAGCCCAUGUCAGAUGUUAAAACAGAAGAGCCUGACCUAAAUAAGGCACCAGACACCACUCCAGAGAUGGCUUCCGCUGCAGUUACACAAACACCACACUCUGACACAGCAGAUACACCAGCCUGCUCUACUGAGAGUGUAACUGAGGCUGAGACUGUUGGAGCAAAAAAUGAGAAAAAUGUAGACGAUAAUCCUCCUGCUGAACAGAAGCCAAACUUAAUAAGCUCUGGUGAGAAUGAAACAACAGCAGCUGUAGAGAGUGCUUCACCACUUCCGGUGGAGGAGAGCACAGCCUUACAACCAGAAACCAUAAAGGAAGAGUCAUCUCAUUCUGAUGAACAUAUUCCUGAAGUAACAAAAAUAGAUGAAAAACAGAGAGCAGCGGAGGAGAGUGAAUCACUGGUGAAACAGAGCAAAGAAUCCACACAGCCACAAGUAAACACCAAGGUAAAUUUAGACGUUGAUAACUCUACUCCUGAACAUAAGCCCGAAAAUACCAGUGAUGGCAGGGAACAGGGGGCAGCUCUUGAAACUGAAACGCUUUUAGAAAAAAAUGAGAAUAAUUCUGGUCCAUCUUGUAACGAACAUACGUCUGUUGACGAAAAAGAUUUGAAUUUAGAACCCGUUGGCUUAGCAUCUGGAUCAGAGCAGGUGUCUGACACCGGUGGCAGUGGUAGUUUUGCAACAGAAGCAGAAUCCAAACCUAGUGCAGAGCAGUUAGUAUCGGAGAGUGGGCAAGACAGACAUGUUGAAACUCCCAUUACAGAUGAACAGGUUGGAAAUGUCAGUGAAAACAUUUCAGACUUGCCAACCAAUGAGGAAGCAUCAACCCUUCCAGUUAAUGAAACAGACUCAACAGUUACCAAUGACAUCCAACAGGAUAGAUCAAUGGCACAGUCUGAAAAUUCAGUUUUGGCAAAGACCACUGAUGAUACUGCUGAUCUAAAUUGUACAGCCCAAACUGCAGUUGACGAGUUAAACUCAGCAAGACCUCAACAGGAGCAUACUCUGACUGAAGCUGUUAUACCUCAUGAAAUCAAUAUCGAUACAGCUGAUCAUAAAAGACAAGUGGAAGAUGCUGAUGCUGUUGUGCCUGCAUUUGUAGACAAAGACUGUACCACUCCUGAGAGUACAUCAGAUAUUGGGACAGGGACAGUGCCCAACACUCUGCCUUGUGCUGAGGAUCAAGGUGCUGCCUCCAAAACAGAAGUGUUAAACCAAAAACCUGUUGUUGAGCUGGAGAUCGUUAGGGAAAAUGAAACAGAAACAGAGGCAGACACAACAUUAACUGUACAUCUCCAGACUCCAGAUGAAAUUGACAAGCAUGCUAAUAAACCAUCUACAGACGUUCAGGAAUCACAAUCUGAGUCGCUUCACAAAAACUCUCAACAAAACAUAGAAAGUCUCAAUGAAGAAAAUCCAGUAACAAUACCAGAGGGUGGAAAAACAACAUCAAAAGAAUCUAAUGACAGUAGUUCUCAACAGGAAGUGGCUAAUUCUAACAUUUCCUCGAUAGAAAAUGAGCAUACCAAAGCAGAAGCUGAAAAAACAUGUGUAGAUCCAACUAAGGAAGCAGCUAAAUUGUCUCCUGAAGCCAGUGCUUCAGAUGAAAUCAGGUUAACCGUAGAUGAAAUGACGAAUUCAUCCACGUCUCAGUUGGCAGAAGCUGUUGGUACUAAAAACACAGAGAAUAUAACAGGAUCCUCUGGUUUAGCAGAAAACGACACAGUGGAGCCACCCCCUCUUCCUCAAGCAGUGUUGGAGGACACAUCCCCAUUGAUUACUAGGGAAGAGAUAAGGAAGAUUGCAGAAAAUGAAAGGAAUGACACAGAGAACAGCGAAAAACCUGAAAAAUGUAUAGUUCAGGAAGAGAAGCAACCAGAGCAAGAGAACUGUGAGAUGUCCCAAGAUAAGAAUGCACUGUAUGAAAUCAAAAUAGAUAAACAGCCACAGGAAAAUUUAGAACAGGAAUGCCCAACUCCAACAGCUAUGAAGCAGGAAGCAAAUGUAAUAAACUUAAAUGAAACUAACAAGGAUGUUAAAUUGUCAGAUGACAGUGCAUGUUCUAAAGAAUCUGAAAUUGUUGUGGAUGCCCAUCAGAUUGAGUCCUCAGAUUUUUCUACAUGUGUUGACAGUACAAAAGACAUUAGCCAAUCAUCAAAUGUUGACAAAGAACGUGUUGUCAUAAAUGCUGGUACCGAAAGUAGUACAGUCUCUCCACCCAAUGACCCCAAUGUAGAGGUAGACUCCUUUGCUCCUGUAAUCACUUCUCAGAUCAGGGACAAAGACUUACCAGAAGAAAAUGUGAUCCCUGAAUCAAAUAAGUCCAUGGCAAUGUCAGGCGCCAUCACUGAAAACAAACACACAUGUGGAAUUGAACCUGUGGCAAAACCAGACAGCAGCCAAGCAACUCCAUCAGAAAUAACUACAUUGGAAAGCACAGUUCUACCUAUUCUUGAGUCCCAGACAAAUACAUCAGUAGGAAAUGAUUUGGCAGAAAACAGGAGUUGCCUACAAGCAUCACCAACAUUACCAAAAUCAAGCUCAGAGGAACAUGGCGAAGGAGGAAAGCAAGAGAAGGUCCCUAGCACUGUGACGGUUGGUUCCAAUGCAAAUCAGAACAAUUCUGAGGAUGGUGGAGAAAAAAAGGCUACUGACAGUUUCAUAGCUGCAGAUGAGCAGCUGAUUCAAGACAAAAAUGCUAAGAUGAGUGCCAAUGAAGAUGCAGUGGCUAUUACUGAGAUUAAAGAUCAGGAAGAGAAAACAGAGCAAGAGGGUAUGGAGAAAAGCGAGUCUGGUAGAGGAAGGCGUCUCCUCAAGAGAAGCAGCAUUACUCCAGAGGAUGAUAGUGAUUUAAGCAACCUCAGCUCCCCAGCUAAACCACUUGACUCUGUUAAGGAAGUAGCAGGGUUAAGGGAACAGCCUUCUGAGAAUUCUGCAACAGUUCCUCGUGACUUUAAAACAAUUGAGCUGAACAGCACCACUCCUAUUCGGCAACCGUCUGACGAUGGAGAGCCUGAAAGUCUCACUGACUCUCCAGAAGACCGCUCGAGAGGUGAGGGCUCCUCUAGUCUACACGCAUCUAGCUUUACUCCUGGGACUUCACCGACGUCUCUGUCAUCCCUAGAUGAGGACAGUGAUAGCAGCAGUCCAAGUCAUACAAGAUCAAGUGGGGAGGGAAAACAGCACAGAAAGGCAAAGCACAGGCAGCCUGGCCAGAUGUUGCCAACUAUCGAGGACUCCUCUGAGGAAGAGGAACUUCGCGAGGAAGAAGAACUGCUCAGAGAACAAGAAAAGCAAAAGAGUUCUGGGAAGAAGUCGAGGAAAGAUAAAGAAGACAUGCGAGGACAAAGGAGAAGAGACCAUCCAAAAACGCCGCCAAGCAAUCUCUCUCCAAUUGAAGACGCCUCUCCUACUGAAGAGUUGCGUCAAGAAGCAGAGAUGGAGGAGAUACGAAGAUCAUCAUGUUCAGAUUUCUCACCUAGUAUUGAAUCUGAACCUGAAGGAUUUGUUGUCAGCCCAGAGAAGAUUGUUGAAGUACAGAAGGUCUAUCAACUGCCAACAUCGGUAUCCCUAUACUCUCCUACAGAUGAAAAUAUUACUGACGGUCUUAAGGAGGGAAAAAUCUUGAAAAGUGCAGAUGAGGCUUAUGAAGAAAUCAUGUUAAGAGCUAAAUCACCUACGACGGAUAAAGUAGAGUUACAACCUUGUAAAGAACUUGUUCAUGGCAGUAUGUUGAUUGAAGCGUAUGCUGAUGAAUCUGUCAUUGAGGAUAAAUGUGAAAAACAAGACAGAGAUGAAAAGCCAGUUACAGCAAUACAAAAACAAUUGCGAUCCCCUGAUGAAGUCUAUGAAGACAUGAUGCAGAAAAAGAUGUUGCUGCUGAAAGAACAGUCAGAGCCACCAAAGGACAUAAAACAACCAGACAUUAUAUUACCCGAAUCCAAUUCUGAUAUAAAUUCAAAUGAUGGGAAGCCACUUCUGAAUGCUGAAACUGACCAUCAGACAGCUGUAUUGACACCAGGAACCAGUCCAACAAAGGCAUGCUCUGAAGCGGAGACAUCAGCGUUAAAUUUUACAACACAGGACAACAUAAGUGCACAGGACACAGGUUCACUUAAACGUCUUUAUCCCAUACCAGACCUCAGGGUGAUUCAGUGCUCCUCAGGAGAGGAAGAACCUGAUGAGGAGAGCAGUACAGAAAUCAAGUCAAAUACUGAGUCACAAAGUGAAGAAAGCCCAGUUAUCUCAACAGAUAAACAAACUGCCCCAGUUGUAUCAGUUGCAGAAAUUGAUAUGAAUUCAGUCCCAUUGUCUGAAAAAGUAUCAUCUAAUGAUAAUGCAAUAUCUUCUGAAAAUUCUGACACCCCCUCCUUGUACGUAGAUUCCCAUACCAGCAAGACAGACCAGGUUGAUGUGGUCGACUUAUCAAAAUCGUCUUUGUCUAGUCAAACAAACUCGUCCUCCCCCUCUCUACCCAGUGUAGGCACAAAACAUGCACAUCCUGUUGUAGUAAGUGUAUCACCUUUACCCACUGUGCCUCAAUACAUUCCUGCUGCACCUAGCGUGGUAUCCACAGCACCCCCUGUCCCUCCAAAACCAACAGCAUUACGCAGGGGUUUGUCUCAGGACAAAUCAGACAUUCAUACCCCUCCUUCCUUUCCCCCUCCAGUACUACCGAAACCGAUUGUACAUCCCAGAAACAUACCGCCUCAGGUCCUCUCGUGUACAUCCAGUGGCCCCAUUCCUCUUGACAGGCAGACAAUGCCUGGAAGUCCAGCACAUAAACCACAUAUGCCACCACCCGUUCCACCAAAACCAUCCACCCUACCUGCUGGUUUUACUUUCUGUAACAGAUCCGGAGAAAGUGUCAAGCCUCCAUUAGCUCCAAAGCCUCAUAUUCAGCCACCCUCACCAAUUCACUCACAAGCUAGACCAACAGUCCUGAUCACUGAGCCUGUAGGCAUUGCUCUGAAUUUGAGCCCGUCUGUAGACAGUAGACCUGGGACCACCUCACCCAAAUCCCCCUCAUCCCCCAGACACACGAAAACGGUGCAUGAAACCUACGUAGUUAUAACACUGCCAUCGCAACCAAGCUCACCAGUGGAGGGCAUCCAAUCUCAAGCCCCAAUGGGCUCUGGCUUUGCAUCUCCAACGGCCCAGCCACAGCCAUCUUUUCCCCCAACAGAGCAGCAGCAGAGCCGUGCUCAUGCUCAACAAGAACCACCACCACAACCGCAACCGCAACCCCAAUACAACACAACAAAAGUGCCACUUGCAUUUACACGCAUCACCGAAUCAAUAGAAAGUCAAGAGAUAUGUGGGCCGGAAAAGGUGGUUUCAAGCAUGAGUCACGUGUACGAGGCCAUCUCUGCAUCCGCUCAGCCCCCGCUGGCCAAUGGAGUCACACAAGUUGUAACAACAGAACUUCAAAGGACAACCGUGUCAGUGGUGCAUGAAAGGGCACCGGGCAUGGCUAUGCCGAGAUCAUCUGGAGUAUCAUCCACUCCAGAGAACUUAAAGACCCAACCUCAGAAUAGCCACAUUUAUCAUGCUGGUGAGGUGGUUGAUCUUCGCACACCAAAAACGGAUGCGGAAAUCCCCCUGAAAGGUGUCGACCUAUCGUCAGCUGAUUUACGACGACAGUCUGUAGCUACCGACUGCUCCCCAAGGCAGACAAGUGCUGUUCAGCCAUCUGUUGUAAAUCUUAGCACAGAAUCGCCUGCCCCCAUGCCUGCCCCCAUGCCUGUUAUUGUCACAUGCGCAUCCACUGUUUCAUAUGCCAGCGAUGCAUCGGCCACCUCAUUGCCACUUCAGCUCACAACAGCAAAAUCAUUUGAACCCGUUUCUCAGAUAGUCUAUCGCCCAGUUGAUGCUCAGCCAGAGAAACCCAUUAAUCUCUCUACCACUGUAGGGAAAGCCCAAACCCCAACUGGGACCACGGCACCAUCCAGUUUUGGUGCAAGCGUGCCCCCUCGGUUAGAGAUGUGUGUAUCUGGAGCAGUGGAUCUCAGUACAGCAAAGCCUGCUCAGACCAUGGUGUCUGUUGUCAAAUCCACAGCAGAGGUCAUGACAUCUGUGGUCAGCGAGGAGGAUGGAAAACCUGUGGAUCUGACAGCCAGCAGAAGAGCUGUGUGCUGUGACGUUGUUUACAAGUUGCCAUUUGGAGGAAGCUGUAGUACCUCUCAGCAGCCAUCCCCGCUGCCAGAAGACCGCUUUGGCUAUCGAGAUGACCAUUACCAAUAUGAUCGCUCUCCAUACGGAAUGAAAGCUUUUGUUGGCAUGAAGCCUUCCAUGUCCGAGACAAAUUUAGCUGAUGCUGGACUUUUUGCUUACAAGAGCAAACACAGCUUUGACUACAACAGUGCCAUAGAUGGGGCAGUUGAUCUUACCUCUGGAAAGAUGUCUGAAGCAGGCCAGUAUACUCAUUUUGCAGAUCUCUUUACAAGAGUCACAGGAGCAUAUUCUGGCAUGUCUAUUCCACAAUUUUCCCACAACAGAAUUACAGCUGCCACUGGAGCACCCUUUGUAGUCACAAGUGUCAUGAGAUCCUCCAAUGGGAUCGUUUAUUCCUCUGUGGCAGCCCCAAACCCAACCACCUAUGCAAUCACCACACAGCCUGGCUCAAUCUUCAGCACAACAUACAAUAGCUUGUCAGGCAUGCAUACAAGUGACACUAUGCCGUCAUUAUCAUCUCUUCAGUAUCAACCCAUCACCAGGUCUCAGAGUUUUGUAUCAACAUUGGUUACCCCCACAUCAGAUGAGCCAGAGCCACAGCCACUUAACCUAGAGAUUGUCGCAGCUCGGAACACCAUGCCAUCCGCACUUUCUGAUGUAACGCACACCUUGACCACAACAGGCAACAUAGAUUCCUAUACAGAUUCGUCUUUGGAAGCGAUCGCUGCUUCCAUAGAGGCUUUAUCAUCUCCCAUGGUGCCUGGUGGUGAUGAACAGUACCACAAGCAGAGAGAGUUAUUGGAACGGGAGAAGAUGAAGCAGCAGCGGCUGGCUGAAGAGUUGGAGUGGGAGCGUCAGGAGAUACAACGAUUCCGCGAGCAGGAACAAUUUCUCGUACAGAAAGAGUUGGAGGAACUUCAGGUGAUGAAGCAACAAAUCCUUUGCCAACAAGAGGAAGAAAGGCAGGCCCAUCUCAUGAUGCAAAAGGAGACCUAUGCACAGCAGCAACAGCAACUGGAGCAGAUCCAGCGUUUACAAGAACAGCUCAGGCAGCAGCUCGAGGAACAAAAGUUCAGGCAGAUGUAUCCUGGAGAGGCAUCAGAUUCCAUAUUGGGCGUCACAGAAAGCAGGAAGAUUAUGGACAGUGGUGUGCAAACAGAUGAGGAAGACAAUACUGAACAAGCUUAUUCAUCAGGAAGACAAAAAAAGAGGAGUGUAAAAAAGAGUGUAGACAGCAGUGUGCAAACAGAUGACGAAGACCAGGAUGAGUGGGAUGCCCCAGCUCGAGCCAGACGGAGCAGGAGUCGCGGGGUUAAGAACAGCGCAGCAGAAAGUGGAGGGCAGCUGUCGGUUCAAGCGCACACAGAGAUUUCUGUUCAAACCGAUUCAAUGGGUUCCGUCAAGGGACAUUCACUACAGCUCGAUGCAAGAGUUCAGUACUCAGACUCAGAGAGAAGUAGCUCUCCACAGAGAGACAGCAAAAAGCGCCCGACUCCCCUAGAGAUAGGACAACCCUCGAAUCUCACAGUGGACCCCACUUGUCUUCAGGUGGCCCAGCCCAAAUCACCCAAAGUCCUUUAUUCUCCCAUAUCCCCAUGUGUCUCUCCUAGCAAAUCCCUUGACUUUGUGUCUUUGGGAGAUGCAAAUUCACAGACAAUCCACGCAGCUGAAGACUUGUCAAAAACACAGUCGGCCAACACCAGAGCGCCAAGAGUAAUGCAGAGGUCAUUGUCGGAUCCCAAACCCAUGAGUCCAACUGGCGAGGAGAGAGCAACACAUGUAUACCAGCAGACAGAUGGUGAAAAGGGUAAGGCAUCACCCGCUGGUGCUCAAUCUGGAACACACAAAAAAGUAAAGAGAACCCUUCCUAAUCCACCCUCAGAAGAGGAAACAGCCAGCACUGGUCCUGUAGCCUAUAGUACUGCAUCUGCCCGUCGCCGCCUCUGUAGGAGCACUAAUAUGGCCCGUGCCAAAAUUCUCCAGGACAUUGAUAAAGAAUUGGAUUUAGUGGAGCGUGAAUCCUCAAAACUUCGGAAAAAACAGGCAGAAUUGGAUGAGGAGGAAAAAGAAAUUGAUGCCAAACUUCGUUACUUGGAGAUGGGAAUCUAUCGUAGAAAGGAUGCUCUUCUGAAAGAGCGUGAGAAACGUGAGAGAGCAUAUUUGCAGAGUAUGGCUGAAGACAGGGACUACAUGUCAGACAGUGAGGUCAGCAACAUCCGUGAAACUAGACUUGGGGGAAGUGCAGAGGAAGCAGUACUUGGACAAGAAAGACCUCGCACGGCCCCCCAGUCUGAGUUACAGCAAUAUGUCCCGCCACACACCAAACAUGAGGCACAGUAUAGCAAAUAUAAUCAGUACCAGUUGCCACAACAGUCUCUGUACCAUUCACUCUACCAGUCACCACAGCCAUACCACUCCCAAUCUAUGUACUCCUCUAUCCCCUCCCUCACAGCCUCCCAACAACAGAGUUACCACCAAAUGCUCUUACUGCAACAAAAGGCCAGGCAGCAGGCUGCUCUCCUGUCAGAACUAGAUACCACCAAGAUGGCUACCAGCUAUGAUGUCAUUCGUAGCCAACCAGACGCCUCCUCCUAUCUGGGUGGAAAGUAUGGCAGUCAUUUGGAUCUUUGCUCCCUAGAAGAACGUGGCAGUAGCAUUGCUGGGACUCCAAUGUCUAAUGUGUCAAACGACUCAUUUUACGCAGAUGUGGAACAUCACCACAGCUCUCCUCGGAGCUAUUUACUUCUGGAAGAUGCUGCAGACCUUUCAAAGGGGUCAUCAGGGCUGCCCGAGACGUCUUAUGCUCUUGCAGAGAAGGAGUUGGCCAAAGCUGAGCGUCUCCUGAGGAGGACGGCUGCAGACGUGGGAACAGAUUACCAAGAAGAUGAAGAUUCCAUGGAGGAACCUUAUGAGCUUAAGUUGCUCAAACAACAACUGAAACAGGAAUUUAGGAGAAGCCACACAGGAACAGAAAGCCUUGAGCAGCUAGCUGGUCUGUCACACUAUCAAACCUCUAGUGCCGGUGUCUCUGGCAGUGCUUACAGACCCUUGUCCAAAUUGGAUAGGUACAGCAUUAGCAGACUUACACUUGAAAAGCAAGCUGCAAAACAGCUUCCAUCUUCCAUCGCCUACCAGAAACAGAAAGCUCCUCUUAUGGACUCAAAGGUGGGAAAGUACUCUUCCACGUAUCAAGACCCCAGAGCCCUGGAAACCGACUACACAAGCUACCUUGGAUCGAGCUCUGCCUCACCCAGGCCAUGCAAGUUACAGCAGGAUGAGAUUACUUUUGGUCUUCGCAAGAACAUAGCGGAGCAGCAGAAGUUCCUGGGCAAUAAUCUUCAUGGGGGCUUGAACAUUGGUCAGAGCCUUAAUCUCCUCUCGGGCUCACGGAACUGCUUGGGCGAGGAUUCGUCCUACCCGAGUGGCAGUAGAUCACGCCCAUCUUCUAGACCAACUUCAGUCUAUGGUCUGGAUCUAUCGAUGAAGAGUGAUAUUUCCAGUUCCUCUCUGAGACUAAAAGCAGAAGGUGAGACCUCCACUGACAUCUCUGCCUAUCAAACACCUUCUGGAAGAGCGAAGCCCACAAGUCUGGCAAUUGGUCCCAGCGGAAGAGGACGUAUUCCCAUUGUAGCUCAGAACUCUGAAGAGGAAAGCCCUUUGAGUCCCGUGGGACAGCCGAUGGGCAUGGCAAGAGCAUCUGCUGGACCUCUCCCACCUAUAUCAGCUGACUCCAGGGACCAGUUUGGAUCUUGUCUGUCUUUGCAAGACCCUCAGCAGCAACACCUGAGGGAUGAGCAAGCAAGAAUGUCUGGUUAUGGACUCAUGGAUGACCUACAAUGCAAUAUGCCAGAAAGUGAAGGUACUUACAGUAAGUCUCUUUUGCACACACACUUAAACUAUGAUAGAAAUAAAGAUGAGCACUGAAAGCGGGCAUACCACCACCAACGGGAUGACACAGACUGGUUUAUGAAGCCUGAAGAUUAUCAGCAUGAAAAUGGGCGCAGCUCAGACAGGAAACAGAUGAAGUCGAUGCACUUUGCAUUUCCCCACGUUCGUGUCAAGCUCCAGAGAGACCCAAAGGACCAUAGUGUGUCAGGGAAUGGGUUAGGUAUACGUGUGGUUGGUGGCAAGGAGGUUCCUGGAAGUCAUGGCGAUAUUGGAGCUUAUGUUGCCAAAGUUCUACCUGGAGGAGCAGCAGAACAGACCGGAAAGAUUGUAGAGGGAAUGCAGGUGCUGGAGUGGAAUGGAAUCGUCCUCACUGGGAAAACCUAUGAGGAGGUGCAGGGUCUCGUAGGACAACCGUGUGAAGAGGCUGAAAUAUGUGUCCGGCUGGACCUCAAUAUGCUAUCAGUAUCAGAGAGCUGUUCUCAGCGCUUGGAACUGCGGGAUCCAAUUAAAGGUGACCACCAGAGGUCUCCUGGUGUGGAUCCAGAGAAGCUUGCAGCGGAACUUCAGAAGGUUUCUCAGCAGCAGACUCCGAUGUCCUCCGUCUCCACCGGUGAUAAAGGACACCUGACCACCUCUACCACAGCCUCCACCGUCACAGGCACCAGCUCCAGCCCAGCUCAGCCAAGCUCGCCAUCUGUUGGUAAAAAGCGCCACAGCAAGACUUCAGACACAGCAAGACUUCAGACCCAUCCUGUGACAGGAGAGAUUCAGCUUCAAAUAAACUAUGACAAACAGCCGGGGAACCUAAUUGUUCAUGUUCUACAAGCGCGGAAUCUCUCCCCACGUGACGUCAAUGGCUACUCUGAUCCUUUUGUCAAGGUCUACCUUCUCCCUGGACGUGGUCAAGUCAUGGUUGUGCAGAAUGCCAGUGCGGAGAGCAGGAGAAGGUCAAAGCAUGCUCAGAGGAGCCAAAAUCCAGAGUGGAACCAGACCGUCAUCUACAAGAACAUUCAGCUGGAGCAGCUCAGAAAGAAGACCCUGGAAGUGAGCGUGUGGGACUAUGACAAGUGUUCAUCCAAUGAUUUCCUUGGAGAGGUCCUCAUCGACUUGUCAAAUGCCUCACAACUGGACAAUGUGCCACGUUGGCUUACGCUGAAGGAACAGAGUGACGGAGAGCACCACCGCCGAGGUCGGCAACACUCCCCUAAAACAUCUGGGCAUUCCAGCCAGCACUCGCCGAAGAAACAGGACUCCCCAAAAUCAUCUGUCACCAAGAGCCGCAGCCAUGGUAUCUUCCCAGAUCCAGCCAAGGACACACAGAUGCCUACUAUUGAGAAAUCUCACAGUAGCCCGGGCACGUCCAAGCCGUCCCCCUCGCCAGAGGGCCAAGGCCGCUCCCGUGGAUCCUCUUCUCACAGCUCAAGCAAAAGUGGCGUUGCACGAACACAACAACAGGACUCUGUAGCUGCAAGUGAUGUAACUCCUCAACAGCGACCGCACCACCUCCAACCAACCCAAAACGGCCGCCUCUCCUUGAGAUACCACAGGCACAGCGUAGUGGGCGUGCUCACCAUUCAGAGACCCCUGUCCGACUUCCCAACCAGUGAGAACAGGGAUGGCAGACACCUGACCCUCAGGAAAGCCAUGUCAGAAGAGAGGGGCCAGAUGGACAGAGUACUACAUGGCCAUAGAGGGUCUGAUGCGCCACUUUCAGCUGCCUCCUUGGAUAGUGGUCUCAGUGGAAGUGCCUACAGUCUAUUGGAGGAGGAGAGUGAGACCAAUGCUGUUGAUAGUGCCAUAUUUCAGAUUCCAAGAUUUGGAAAGAUCACCAAUGGGACAGAUACCAUGACAUCGUUACAGGAACAUGGAGAGACUGAAGGCAAGACCCAUGUUAUGGGAGAGAUCAAAAUCGCCAUGAAGAAGGAGAUGAGGAGUGAGGGUGAAUAUCUGGUGCUGGAGAUACUUCAGUGCAGGAACAUCACGUAUAGAUUUAAGUCUCCUGAUCAUCUACCAGAUCUAUAUGUGAAGCUGUAUGUGGUGAAUGUAGCAACUCAAAAGAGGAUCAUAAAGAAGAAGACAAGGGUGUGUCGGCAUGAUCGUGAACCAUCUUUCAAUGAGACUUUCCGUUUCUGCAUGAACCCCACUGGCCACUCGCUUCAGCUUUUCCUUGUGUCAAACGGAGGGAAGUUUGUAAAGAAGACUCUGAUAGGUGAAGCAUAUGUGUGGCUGGACAAGGUGGACCUGCGGAAACGUGUGGUGAGUUGGCACAAGUUGCUGGCCAGCUCUGCUCAAAUUCACCCCUAAGUAACAGCCACACUGGACUGGAUACGCGCUUAGAAACAACGGAGGAGACACCGAAACAAAAAGAAGAGGCCAUUACAGUCAGAGUUGUAUGAAGUGGAAGUAGAAAUCUUAAAGAUGUAAUUCAUGGCAAAAGUAUCAUAUGACAUGGUUUCAACUAUGUAAUAUCACAGUACUAGUGUUGUUAUUACAUCUGUAAGAAUACAGUACAUGCUGAUGUUGGUUGGAGUUGGGGGCCAAUAAUGCUGUGUAUCCAUUCAUGUCUUAAACUUUCUUUCAGGUAUGAGAAACUGCUGGUAAAAUAUCGGGUGUAUUUGUAAAAUUGUUCACGUUUUCUGAACCUGCUGAGAAUUUGUAAUACUUUUUUCCCCUGGAGAUCUGGCCAAUGGUUUUCUGAUUUUCUGAUAAAUCCAUUAAGUUGUGUA